GCUGGUACGCUUGUGCUGAUCUCACAUGACGUUGCUGAUAUUCUACUGGAAUUCGGUAAACUUACCCGAUACGACAGGAAUCUCAAAAGUCUGACGAAUGGUUGCUUUGUUGUGUUUUUGACUGGAUGGAUUUUAACCCGUUUGGGAUACUAUCCGCUCGUUCUCGUCCGUUCCGCUCUGUUCGAGGCAGCCGAUUUGAUCCAACCUGAUUAUGAGUUGUUGGACUUAACUCAGGUCCCUUACGCUCCACGCCUCAUCAUCCUCAUGCUCUUCGCUCUGCUUGUUCUUCAUAUAUUUUGGACCAUCAUCAUUCUGAAGAUUGUCGUAAAAACCAUUACUCAAGGAGAAGCGGGUGACGUUCGCUCAGAUUCUGAACUUUCGGACAAGGAGGAUACUGAGAAGCUAAUUAAGGUAUAA